AUGGACGACGAGUACAAAGCUAUCACCGCUACGUUGCAUGCAUUUGUUACGUUUCACCAGUGGCAGCACGAACAAGUAUUGAAACCCAAAUCCAUCAAAUGGAAACUGCUCAGCAAUGACGAACAGCAGUUACUUGAUUUCUAUCCUCUCUUGAUCCGAGACUUGGGACAGUGUAUCGAUAUCAAUCGCCUGUUUACCGAGCUGUUGGCAGUGACUGCUGCCCAGGAUUGGGGAAUCGAUCCCAAUCCAUCAGCGUGGGCGCCUGCCGCUUACUCCGAUUACGACAAAGUGCGGUCUACACUACUACAAUUUGCUAGGGAAUGGAGCGACGAGGGCAUAGGCGAGCGGGAGCAGACAUUUGGACGACUCCUCGACAAGGUCUGUGAUCUCUACGGCGAGGAGAAUCGAGAUAAGGUAAAGGUUUUGGUCCCAGGUUGUGGCUUAGGCCGUUUGGUGUAUGAAUUCGUGAAGAGAGGUUUCUGGACACAAGGAAACGAGGUCAGUUACCAUAUGUUACUAGCGCUGGGAUUCGUGCUAAAUCAUACGCUGGUGCCUCAUUCUCACACCAUUUUUCCAUACAUUCAUCGCCUGUCACAUUUGGCUCGACGUUUAUACCAGGUGAGACCCGUUCAAAUGCCUGAUGAAAGUGGCAUGUCAAUUUUUAGUGGGAACCCCGAGGAGGAUGCCAAGGUCGGUGAACUCAUGUCUAUGGCUGCAGGCUCGUUUGUGGAUCUCUACGGUCCCCCUGGAUUGGCGGAAAGCGAAACGUAUAGUCUGGACGCUACGGCGUCACAAUUUCGGAGUGAAAAUGCCAACAGAUUCGACGUGGUGGCCACCUGUUUUUUCGUGGAUACGGCAAGCAAUAUCAUUGAUUACUUGAAGACUAUUCACCACUGUCUCAAGGACGACGGAGUUUGGGUCAACAUAGGACCCCUUCAUUGGCACUUUGAAGGGGAUCUGUCAACAUCGGUGGUCAAGAAGGUAAUGGAACAUGGGAAGGAGCCACAGGAAGUACUCACGACUUUGGAAGGCUUGGAGUUGUCACGCGAAGAGUUGUUGUUGCUCAUGGACAAAAUUGGAUUUGACGUGGAGCACCACGAGUCAGGAAUUCAGACAACAUAUAGCACGGACACCAAGGCAUUGCUGAAUUUUUCUUACCAUGUGGAAUUCUGGGUGGCCCGGAAACGGAAAUCUGUUAACACUCAAGCGUAA